AAAUGGGAGUGCACAACACAUGGGAAGAGCUCGUGGAAGCGCACAAUGUCAACCAGCUGGAGAGAUUGAAGCUGACGAAUACGGGUAGAGCCCUACUUCAAGAUCUAGGUUAUCAAGUCGAAGAUGGCAUGCACGUUCCUCAGCGUAUCCCGCACGAGAUCAGAAACAACCUACACAUAAGCAAUAUACCAAGAAACAUGCACCCUGAGUACGACAAGGGAAGAAGACACGCUAGAAUACAACUGCUAAAGGAAACACUAAAACGCACCAACAGCAAUGAAGAAGACGUGAGGUACACGGACGCAGCGGCUUACAUUACAAAUGACCGUUUUGCAAUCAGCGUGGUCGACGAAAACGGUCAAGAACUGACAGCAACAUCCAUACGUGCCAAGGAUGCAAGCACAGCGGAAGAGUUGGGCAUAGCCCUAGCCAUCGCUACAUGCAAGAAGACGCGGGCUACCGUGAUCACGGAUUCGCAAGAAGCGUGCAGAAGGUACAUGAACGGAAGGAUCGGAAAGGCAGCACUCCAUGUAUUAAAGAGCACGAAGGUGGAAGAAACCACCAUCCUCUGGACACCGGGACACGAGUCUCUCGCGGGGAACCAGGCGGCGCACGCUGCGGCUCGAGAUCAUGCACGCCGAGCCAUCUCCGACACGCAGAGAACACGUACCGAUGGCUGUCACAACGAGGAUGAACGCAUACCGAAGAAGUAUUCAGACAUUUUGGCGCAUUACAGGAAGCAGAGGAAGCGGUACCCACCGGCACACAAGAGUCUGAGUAGAGAGCAAGCGGUAACCUGGAGAAGACUCCAGGCCGGAACUUACCCGCACGGAACAUUGAUGCACGCAAUGUAUCCAGGGACUUACAGGCGGGACUGCAAGUUUUGCCCACCGGACACGCGCAACACCCUGCGCCACAUGGUGCUGGACUGCUCGAACAAUCCAGACGUACCACCGUCAUCACCCCCAAGCGGAAACGCAGAGGAAGGAGCAGACACAGAGAAAGAAUUAGAAGACCAGUGGGAGGCUCUGCUGGUGACGCAAGACCCUGACAACCAGCUACGAUUGGUGAACAGGGCUCGGGCGGCGGCAGCGAGCCAUGGCUACCUGGACUGAGGAGGCCACCCACCUUAGGGCUCAAGUACCAAGAGCCUGGUCAAAAAUAAAGUUCAUUUCU